GGGGCUACUGCAGCCGGCAACCGGGAGCUGCGAGAGGCGGCAAAGGUGCGAGCAGGAGGGAAGGAGAUGUUCCUGGGGGGAGCAGGAUGAAUCUCGUGUCCACAGCCACAGCCCCCGAGCUGAAAUGGCUGAGCCUGUGGGGCCGGCUCAGGUGGGCAGCUGUGCUGCUGCUGCUCCUGGCAUCCCUGGUGAUGGUGCUGCUCCCCCUGGCUGCUGUGGAAGAUCAGUGCCACGCAGUGCUCCGGGGCCUCUCCUUCCUGAAAAGCAAACUGAGAACGGGCCCCUCGGGGGUCACCAGCUACAGGGGACACAGCACCAGCCUGAGUGUCACCUCCAACGGGCUGGAGCUGCUGGUGCUGAAAGGCAAAGCCUCCCCAGAAGUGAAGUUAGAAGCCAAAGCAGCUCUGAACCAGGCCCUGGAAAUGAAGCGCCAGGGCAAGAGGGAGAAAGCUCACAAACUCUUUGUGUAUGCCCUCAAAAUGGACCCCGACUACGUGGAUGCCCUGAACGAGUUUGGUAUCUUUUCAGAAGAGGAAAAAGACAUUCUGCAAGCUGACUACUUGUACUCCAAAGCACUGACCAUCUCCCCCUGCAACGAGAAGGCUCUGAUCAACCGGGACCGGACGCUGCCCUUGGUUGAGGAGAUAGAUCAGAGAUACUUCAGCAUCAUAGACAGCAAAGUUAAAAAAGUGAUGGCCAUCCCCAAAGGCAACUCUGCCCUCAGGAGGGUGAUGGAGGAGUCUUACUACCACCACAUCUAUCACACAGUGGCCAUUGAAGGGAACACUCUGACCCUGUCAGAGAUCAGACACGUCAUCGAGACGCGCUACGCGGUGCCCGGGAAAAGCCUCCUGGAGCAGAACGAGGUGCUGGGCAUGCACGCUGCUCUCAAGUAUGUCAACACCACCCUGGUGUCCAGGAUUGGCUCUGUCACCAGCACUGACCUCCUGGAGAUCCACAGGAGAGUGCUGGGCUACGCUGACCCCGUGGAAGCUGGGAGGUUCAGGAGCACCCAGGUGUUUGUGGGACACCACAUCCCCCCACACCCCCGGGACGUGGAGAAGCAGAUGCAGGAGUUUGUGCAGUGGAUGAACUCUGAGGAUGCCAUGAGCUUGCACCCCGUGGAGUUUGCUGCACUGGCUCACUACAAACUGGUUUAUAUCCAUCCCUUUGUGGAUGGCAAUGGCAGGACCUCCAGGCUGCUGAUGAACCUCAUCCUCAUGCAGGCAGGCUACCCCCCCAUCACCAUCCGUAAGGAGCAACGGGCAGAGUAUUACCACGUCCUGGAAGUGGCCAACGAGGGGGAUGUGAGGCCUUUCAUCCGUUUCAUUGCCAAGUGUACAGAGACCACUCUGGACAUGCUGCUCAUUGCCACCACCGAGCACUCCGUGGGCUUACCUGAGGCUGAGGGCAGCACUGCUGGGUGCAGAGGAACAAUCCCCAUCAAGACCUGAGGGUUGAGGAGACUCAGGAACACCCAGGAGAACACCAAAACACUGCCUGUGCCUGCUGGGAAGGAACUAGAGAGGAGGAAGGGUCACUCUUUAGCAUUUUAUUUCUUUAGAGUGUCUUACGUUGAAGUUAACAUAAUUUAUUUGUGUACAGGACACACCAAGCUGAAAGCUUCAUCUGUGCUACUGGAAGGAGGGGGGCAGAGGUGUGGGAGUGGCUCAGGGAGCUGAAUUUCCCUUUAAAAUUCAGCUUUGAGAAGCUGCUCCACUCACAACCCUUCACCCAGCUGCAUGGUCUUACCUCACCAAGGAGCUGGGAGGCAAGACAAGGUCUUCAAGUUGUUCCUUUUGUGUUACCUCUUCCCUGUGUUUAAAAAAAAAAAACAGAAAACAAAAAAAAAAACCAAACUCCCCCUCAGCCCCCACCUCCCAGUAACAGUGAUCUCCCAGCAAGGUGAAUCAGGCUCUGUCCUCUCAGUCACAGCUUUGAUAGCACUGAGCAGGAAGGACAAACUCCAGCACAAGCAUCUCCUCCCAUUUCCCUUUCAGCAGCACUUUGCAUGUCCCACUUGCCUCUCCCAGGGCAAGGUUUUGUAUGAGUGGGAAGUGUCUGGUUUAAGGUAACAGAUUGUGUGACUGAACAGGAGAAGAAAUGCUCUGAGAGUCACUUCACCAGGCUGGGAGGAGAAGGAAUGCUCUGAGAGUCACUUCACCAGGCUGGGAGGUGCAUUUGCUGAGAGAAGGACUGGGCAGUGCUGAGGUUGUGCCUCAGACCCACCUCAUGGAGCAGGAUCUCUGUGAACCUGGAGCUGUCCUCACACAUUUCAGCCAAAGGGGUUGAGAAAAUCUUGUGUCUGCAGAGCUGGGGGCAGAAGAAGUUGUGAUACAUAAUCAUGAGACAGCUUUUAUGUGUUGUGCCAAUUUGGUAAGAGUGUGUAUAUAACAUUUG